GCCUUCCCAAGCCACCUUGCGUCACGCUUUGGCUCUCUCUGGUCCAUACAACACAGAUCGCUUUGCUUUCAACCACACAGCUGAACAUUUCUCUGUGACUUCUCACGAUGAACAGAUUCAUUCUCUCCGCGGUAGUGUUAAUAGCCUUGGCUGCGCUGAUCUGUGGUGGCCAUGCAGGGAAACACUGCACGGACAGCAGUCAGUGUGAGGACGACGAGUGUUGCCUGGACCCCACACAAAGACGCGGGAAACGCCAGGCGGCUGGCUACUGUGCGCCCAGGGUGCUCAAAGGACAGUCAUGCUUUAUAAACGCCGCUAACAGCGGGCCUGUCUACCUCGACGCCUGCCCGUGUGUAAGUGGACUCACAUGUCAAGGGAACGGUGUGAUCUCUGUGCCCCAGGGAGAGAUGGGAACAUGUGGCUGAUCCGUACACCCAGACGGAGUCUCUUCACUGGAGAACGCAGCACAGCACGUAGACAGGACGCACACCUUAGCCGGUUCAUAACCUGAAACGGACGUAACCUUCAGCUUCAAUUGUAUUUCACCUUAACCGGCUCAUAACCGUAGCCAAUUAUUGACCUUAACUGACUCUUCACCUUAGCCAGCUCAAAACCCUAACCGGCUCAUAAGCUUAGCCGGCUCAUAACUUUAACCGGUUCACAAUCUAUUUCUGCUUCAAUACUGCCAAUAAACAGAUAAUAAAAUGUCACACGGAAAUACCA